AUGGCGCCAGUAACAUAUUCUACUGGUCAGGAAAACCUAAAACCGAAAAUCGCCUUUUGGGAGCUGCUUUCAUGGUCAAAAACCCCACCGCUUCCAAACUCAAAAAUCUUUCGACAGGAGAGAGACAGUUUGAAGACAAUCUACAUGCAUCCUCGAUCCCAGCACUGGCAUAUCACUGACUCUGUCUUAGUGUGUCAGAGAACUCAUGUGAUGUCCAGUGCAGAACGACGAACAGACCACCCUUUGUACGAUGUAAACUCAACCUGGGCUUUAAAUCCAAACCUGAGAGAGGGUUCCCUGCAAAAAAAUAAAGACUGGUUUGAUGAAAGUAAUGAGCAGGAAAUAUUCAUCUGUGCUCAGAUUCGGAUGUCUACAGAAGAUUCUACUAGGCUCUAA